AAGGUUUUAGGGUGCCGAGCAGAGAUGAUCAUCCCCGUCAGGUGCUUCACGUGCGGGAAGAUCGUGGGGAACAAGUGGGAGGCCUACCUGGGCCUGCUGCAGGCCGAGUACACCGAAGGAGAUGCCCUGGAUGCCCUUGGCUUGAAGAGAUACUGCUGCCGCAGAAUGCUCCUAGCCCAUGUGGAUCUGAUUGAGAAGCUUUUGAAUUAUGCACCCCUGGAGAAAUGAGAUGAGAAAUGUGCUAUGCUACAAGCCAUGUGUAUCCUAUUUCUAAUUCUGAGCUUGAAACUGGACUUCAGGCAUUAAAAGAUGCAAGCCACCUGUAGUGCAACCACUGAGAGAUGUUUAGCUCGCUGCCCCAAAUCGCUAACUUCUUCCAAGGAAGCAAACAAAGGAUGAAGUCCACUUAAGACUUGGAGAUUAAAAGUUCAAAUGCUACUUUUUAAAAUCAAUGCUCAGAGGGUGUUUUUUUCCUGAACUUUUAGAUACUUCUGCCAGCAAAAAUAAAUGUUUGUUUUAUGAAAUAGUCAUUUGUCUACAAAAAAUGUGGAAUUAAAGGUCUUUCUCCCCUGUA